AUGAGCUUUGAUGGUGCAUCAAAUGCAUUGGGGCAUGUGAUAGGAGCAGUCUUAGUGUCACCUGAAGGGGACCAUUACCCGCUUACUGCCAGAUUGAAUUUCUUCUGUACAAAUAAUAUAGCGGAAUAUGAGGCUUGCAUCAUGGGACUUCGUGCAGCUAUCAAGAGGAAAAUCAAAAUUUUAGAGGUACACGGGGACUCAGCAUUAGUCAUUUAUCAAAUUCGUGGAGAUUGGGAAGUGAGAGAUCCAAAAUUAGUCAAAUAUCAUGAUCUCGUUGCAGAGCUGAUCAAGGAGUUCUAUAAAGUAACUUUUAACUACUUUCCACGAGAGGAGAGCCAACUGGCUGAUGCCCUAGCCACCUUGGCUUCGAUGUUUAAGGCAAACAGAGAAACUGAGAUAAUCCCCAUCCAAAUGAGUAUAUACGAGACCCCCGCACACUGUUUUAGUAUUGAGGAGGAGUCAGAUGGACGACCAUGGUUCCAUGAUAUCUUGGAGUAUAUCAAGAAUCAAAGGUACCCCGAGCAAGCAAACGAGAAUGACAAAAGAACAAUCAGGAGAAUGGCGAUUGGAUUUGUUCUUGACGGGGAUAUUCUUUACAAAAGGGGAAAAGAUCAAGAGCUCCUGAGGUGCGUGGACACUGUUGAAGCUAGAAAGAUACUUGAAGAGGUUCAUGAAGGAAUUUAG